GCGACAGCCUACUAGUCAACACGACAUUGUCUUCGCAUCCUAACAAUCUAUAUUUUUUUAUAUAAGCAAAAUUUAGUUAUUGUGGAUACGUUGAAAAGAUUUUUCCCAUUAUAAACCAUGUUCCCUCAAUCGGAAUUGGAUAAUUAUAAAUUACAAGUGGAAUUGCUACAGGAAAAAUUACAAAGAAGUGAAAUAUCGAGACAACAACUGGAGCAUAAAUUGGAUAAAAUUCUACAAAAGCGAGAAGAACAUGAUAAAAUGGUACGAUCUAGAUCGAAACAAAGAUAUCAACAGUUUCUGGAGGAACAACAUAGGCGUAAUGAGCGAAACAAGCAAUUGGUUCAAAUGUUGGAACGUGUUGAACAACAGACGGCUGCAAUGAACGCCCGCAGCGAAAGACUCAAAAUGAUGAAGCUUCAAUAUGAAAUGUAUUUUGCUAAAUUAGUUCAUUCUCAAACCAGAAGAUGUUUGCAGAGUUCUAGUGUUCCCAUACUUGCGCCAAGGAUGGCCACAACACCAUUGCCAGGAGCGACAGCACAAACGAGAAUGAUGUCUACCCCCGCUGUCGAUGCAUACACUUAUAGUAAAAUCUAUGAAGAACCAGUUUUCAUAGAGAAUAAUUAUCAGCGAUAUGGCAAUGACCCACUAAUUAUGGAGAGAGAUUUUCUAAAUCGAUCGCAAAGGGAUGUCAUGCCAGAGUCAAAGUUAAUGGAAAUGCCAUUAUCGGAAUAUACCUUAAGCUCUGCUCGCAGCGAUGGCUUGGAUAUGAGAAAGGACCCAAAUAGACCAUAUAAUAUGCAACCGUAUGAACCAAGCUUAUCGGCCAGGGAUGGUGACGAGCAUCAAAAUUUGAAUGCUCCAGAACAAAAAUUAUAUACGAACAUAUCAGAAACAAAAAGAUACGAACCUGCAGGCAUUGGAAGAUCAGAUACAGGCAAAAAAUGUUCUGAAUUUGAUCUGCCAACAUCUUUGUCUUCUACAAGUGAUCCACUUACUUUUGAAAGUAUACCAAAUGCCAAUAUAGGGCAAGGGACUAUUUCUACAGACACCAGUGCCUCUUCCAGAGGUAAUGAUAUCGAACCAAGAAAUUCAGGUUCCCAAGAUAUAACGCAGCUCAAGCAACAACCUGAUUUAAAUGAAAAUAACUCCAUACUAUCUAGCACUAAACCAGAUUUGAAUAUGCAACAGUCUUCCCAAAAUGUAACCAUGGAAAUUACAAAUCAAGAUUCUAUCAAAUCUCCUAAAAAUCAACAUGGGGACAAGCAACCCUUUAACCAACAAGAUAUUAUUAAAGAACAAAGCGAAUUGCAUCCAUUACCUGAAACUUCCGCUGAGAAAUCUCAGGCGCCUUCCGUAUCAAUUGAAAAUAUCGAAAGCGCUAUCUACGGUGAACUGGUAAAUUCACCUGAAGCGAAACAAAAUUUGCAGCAACCGGAAAAGGCAACAGCGUCACCGGCGCUUUUAGAUAAUCUGGUCACACAAUCGCCCACAAAAACAGAGACCAACGAACAAGGAAAAGAAAACCCGCCCGAAACCGUUGCAGACAAAGAUGUUAUAAAUUAUGAUACCACAACAGUACCAACCAAAGAGGAUACUAAAACCACUGAUUUGGAUAAUCAAAAUUAUCCACAAUCAUCAUAUGAUUAUAAUCAAAGCAACACGUCUACAGAAAAUGUCGCAAAUAAUAGUACAGAUUAUUCUGGAUAUGAAAGUAACCCUAACGCUACCGAAGAAGCCAUGCAGGGCCAGGAACAACAACAAUAUGACUAUUCAAACUAUGAUCCUUCGCAGUAUUCAUAUCCUGGCUAUAUAUACGACGAAGCCACGGGUGAAUACAAGCCCGAUCCAAAUGCUACAUCAGACCAAUAUGGCACAGAUCAGCAGUACACUGAAGGCUACCAGUACCAACAGCAGGAGGGCUAUGAUUAUAACCAAACAUACGAUCAACAAGAUCCACAACUAAAUACCACAGAUCCUGCGGCCUAUGAAAAUUUUAAUGCUACACAGAGCGAACAAGAUGAAAUAACUUCAGAAGCCACAACUCCAAAAUCUGAAAUCGUAUCAGAACAGAAACCAGCUGAAACAUCCAAUGUAGAGUCCACAGAUGGUAAUAAAACUAAGCCAACAUCUAUACUGGCAACGGCUGAUAAAAAAGAAGCACAAAAGAAUAAAAAGCGGGUUAAUUUUGUCGAGAGCAGUGAAACUGAUGAAAGUUCUGUGGAUAAAGGCCAGACGGCAUCAGCAAAGCCCAAUGUAGGAAAUGAAAGCGAUUUUGAUUUUUCAUCCAGCAGUGAUACCGGCACCCCAAAACAGUCUUAAUUAAAAUAAAUGUUAUAAUUUUAAGAAUAAG